AUGAAUACAAAGAAGAUCGCCAAGAACCCGUCUUUGGCCUAUACAAGCAACCCAGACUAUCGGAAACCGCCGAAAAUCGCAAAUCCUUAUCUACAAUGUCUCGGAGCGCCUCACAUUGAUUCUUUCAACUAUAUGUUGCAAGAUGGGUUGCAAGCAGCGAUUGCGGAUUUGGUGCCCGCUGAAUUUGAACUCCCUAGCGGAGAAAGGGUGAAAAUAACUAUUGACGAAGCUGGGUUUGCUAAACCCAGCGUUCCAAUGGAAGCAGUGGGCGUUAAAAACCAGAUACUACUGCCAACAGAGUGCAGACAGCGUGCUGCUACUUACAAAGGAGAUUUCAAAAUCCGGUUGACACUGAAAAUUGAUGAGAAAUCAAUCACAGUGGAUAGGUCUUUGGGAUCUCUACCUAUAAUGGUGAAGUCUAAAAUGUGUCACUUGGCGGAUUUGUCACCGGAGGAGCUGGUGCAACACAAUGAACAUGCGGAUGAAUGGGGCGGAUACUUUAUUGUCAAGGGACAUGAACGUUUAGCCCGUAUGUUGUUGGUGACCAGACGGAAUUAUCCCGUUGCUAUCAAACGUUCUGGGUGGAGGAUGAGAGGAAACUUGUUCUCAGACUACGGCAUCAUGGUCCGCUGUGUCACUUCAGAUCAAACUAGUACGAAUAACGUACUCCACUUUCUAAACAACGGUACAUGUAAGCUGAUGUUCUCCUACCGUAAAAUGAUGUACUAUGCCCCUCUCCUGCUCAUCAUGAAAUGCCUGGUCGACUGGCCAGACCACUACAUAUAUAGGCUGUUGCUACAUGGGAAGAAGAACGACCUGUAUUAUGUCAACUGCAUACAGAACAUGCUGAGGGAGCUACACGAAGAGGGUCUACAUUCCUCCCACGAGUGCCGUUCGUACCUCGGGAGGAUGUUCCGUCCCAAGCUCUACGAUUUACCUCCCUGGUCCACCGACUUGGAUGCAGCAGAUUUCCUCAUCAACCGAUGUGUCAUGAUCCAUCUGAAGGAUCAUAAGGAUAAAUUCAAUGCGCUGGUGUUCAUGGCACAGAAGUUAUAUGAUUUGGUUCAGAAUAAGUGUAAGGUGGAAGGUGCAGACGCUGUGAUGGUCCAGGAGUUGUUGGUGGGUGGCCACCUCUACCUUCAGAUCCUCAAGGAGAGGCUGCAGCAGAUCACGACCAACUUGAGGAUACAAGUGCAAAGGAAAGCUAAAACUUCCAAGAAACUGGAUAUUGGUGUGCACGAAGUACAGCAGAUGCUCCGUGCCUGCGGUAACUUGGAGCAGAAGUUCGAGACGUUCCUGGCGACGGGCAACGCGCCCUCGAACAACGUCACGCUCGCCCAGUACAAGGGACUCACCAUCGUCGCUGAGAACAUCAACCGGAUGCGAUACAUGUCGCAUUUCAAAUCGAUCCACCGCGGCUCGUUCUUCAUGGAGAUGCGUACGACGGAGGCGCGCCAGUUGUUGCCGGACGCGUGGGGCUUCGUGUGUCCGGUCCACACGCCGGACGGCGCGCCCUGCGGACUACUCAACCAUCUCACCAUGACUGCACAGGUGACACAACACGCGGAUCCGAAGCAAAUAGCGGCCUUACCACAAGUGUUAGAACGAUGCGGUAUGGAGCCCAUAAGCUGGGUGUCCCAGACCCCGCUGGCGCGCGACGUGUACAAGUACCCCGUGCUGGCCGACGGCCGCCUGCUGGGCUACCUGGCCGAGGACACCAUCGACAAGUCCGCUGCAUACCUCCGGACGCUCAAGAUCAAGGGUGAAGAAGUUCCCAUAACUAUGGAAAUUGUCGUCGUACCGAAGAAACAGAUCUGCUCUCAAUACGCGGGCGUGUUCCUGUUCACGAGCGAGGCUCGCAUGAUGCGGCCCGUCAUCAACUUGUCGACCGGACAGCUCGAGCUCAUCGGCACCAUGGAACAACUCUAUCUAGACAUCGCCGUCACACACAAUGAGAUCAUUAAGGGUAAAACAACCCACGUGGAGCUAUCCCAGACGGCGUUCCUCAGCAACCUGGCGCAGCUCGUUCCCAUGCCGGACUGCAACCAGUCGCCACGUAACAUGUACCAGUGCCAAAUGGGUAAGCAGACGAUGGGUACCCCGAUCCAUACAUGGCAGACCAACGCAGAGACCAAGUUAUAUCGGUUGCAGACUCCUGCCACGCCACUGUUUAGAUCAACCCACUAUGACAAUAUUGGACUCGACGACUACCCCUGCGGUACUAAUGCUAUUGUUGCUGUUAUUUCUUAUACGGGCUACGAUAUGGAAGACGCGAUGAUAAUAAACAAGUCAUCAUAUGAGCGCGGGUUCGCAGCCGGCUCAGUGUACAAAGCAGACUUUAUAGAGCUCGCCCACCCUGCAUCAUACUUCUACAGGGACCCCAGCAAACCGGACCUGGCUGAACAUAUUGAUGAGGAUGGGUUACCGGCUGUAGGAGCCAGGGUUAAACCGGAUGACCCGUUCUAUAGUUACUAUGACGGUGAGAAAAGUAUUUUCGUAGUAAGCAAAUACCACGGCAAGGAAGAAGUGUUCGUGGACUCCGUCAGACUAUGCGGGGACUUUAGUUCUCGACCGCUGAAAAAGGCCUGCGUCAUGCUGCGGUUACAGCGAAACCCAACAGUAGGUGACAAAUUCGCUUCCCGGGCCGGUCAGAAAGGUAUCUGUUCUCAGAAGUGGGCAGCCGAGGACCUUCCGUUCACGGAGUCAGGGUUGGUGCCUGACAUCUUGUUCAACCCUCACGGGUUUCCUUCCAGAAUGACAAUCGCCAUGAUGAUCGAGUGUAUGGCUGGUAAAGCCGCUAGCAUACAUGGCCAUGUCCACGACGCGACACCAUUCCGUUUUAACGAAAAGGACACAGCUAUAAAUUACUUCGGCCGGUUAUUGGAGGCGUCCGGGUACAAUUACUAUGGCACUGAGAGGAUGUACAGCGGGGUGGAUGGGAGGGAGAUGGACGCCGAUAUAUUCUUCGGAGUCAUUCACUAUCAGAGGCUCAGGCAUAUGGUGUCUGAUAAGUGGCAGGUCCGUACAACGGGUGCAGUGGACGCGCUUACCCGUCAGCCGGUGAAGGGCCGGCGGCGCGGCGGUGGAGUCCGCCUCGGGGAGAUGGAAAGGGACGCGCUCGCCUCGCAUGGCGCCGCAUUCUUACUGCAUGAUCGAUUGUUCCAUUGCUCGGAUAAGACUGAGGCGGUGCUAUGCUCAAAAUGCGGUACUCUAUUGGGUCCAAUAGUUGGCAAGAGCGAAACGAAUAAGGACACAUGUAGAUUGUGUGGGGAAGGCAAUCUCGUCUCUAUUGCCAUACCAUACAUCUUCAAAUUCUUUGUAACACAGCUAGCUUGUGUUAAUAUUAAUGUUAAAAUCAAUUGUGGACAGCAAUUAGCUAUUACUGGGUAG